AUGGCUUCUUCUUCCCGUUCAUCUGGGAAACGCCUACCCAUUAGUUGCCAGGCAUGUCGAACACGAAAGAUCCGCUGCUCGCGUGAUGGGCGUCCAUGCCAGACCUGUGUACGACGAGGACUGGGCGCUGAGGACUGCAUCUACCUUGGCCAGCCUCGACUAUCAUCCGAACAGACAUCACCCGCAGAUCCAAAUGUGCAGAAUGAACUUCUAGCACGCAUCCGCAACCUGGAAAGUAUGCUCCAAAAACAGGUCAACUCACAAGCUGGAACACCCGUAGGCGGGUCUCCGCUGGGCCCUCCAAGUGUCUCCGGUAGCUUUACGGAUUCUGAUCUCAGCCCUGGACUAGACACUUGGGGAAGUCCGAUGCUGGGUAACGUGGGGACUCUCCACACCUCACCUUCAGGCCAUGUGCGUUAUGUGCCGCUUGCUUCGCAGUGGGAAUCAGUUGUUGCUAAAAGCCCCGCUGCCGAGUGCUUGCGAAGCCCCGAUUCGGACAUCGUAGACGACGAUGAUCUGCAGAUCCCGUUCGCUCGAAGCGGCAGUAUCUCACGCGCUGAGUUGUUGGCCAUUUUGCCACCGAGUCUAUACUGUGAUAGGCUGAAGGAGGUAUACUUCCGAGUAUUUUCGCCGGUCUUUCACAUCCUCCAUGACUUGACAUUUGAAGCCGAGUAUCAACAGUUCUGUCAUGAUCCUGGCAGUGUAUCAAAGUCUUGGCUCGCCUUGCUCUUUGCGAUACUAGCUAUCUCAAUCAGUGCACUUGAUGAUGACGACCCACUGCUGUCCGAUCUUGGCCGGGAAAGGACUGUGAGUCGAAAUAUCAAGUUGUUAUCGGCACGCUACCGAUCUGCCGCCCUUCAAUGUCUGGCUGCCGACAGCGUUAUGACUCGGCACUCAAUCAACUCCCUGCAAGCACUGGUGCUCAUCAGCUAUGCACGCCUCCAUCGUGGGCUACCUUUUUGGACAUUACUUGGGUUCACUCAGCACGUCGCCAUAUCCAUGGGCUGCCAUAUCGACCCAGAGAGGUUUAUCCUAGGACCUAUUGAACGAGAAGAACGACGUCGAGUCUGGGCAGGCCUGAUGAUGCUCUACACAAUCCAAAACACAUCAUUCGGAAGUUUAGAUCAACAGUCGAUCAUGCAAGAUGUGAAAAUGCCAGCCGACGUUGACGACAUCGACCUCCUCACUGGCCCAAUGAUAUCCAUGACAUCCGACCCUUCAUCCUCACCAUCAGCGAUCCGACCAACACAAAUGACCUAUCUCCUCCUCACAUUCCGCCUAUACAGAGUUUCCAACAAAAUCUGCGAAACGAUAUUCACGUUCCCUCAAUCCCGUUUCUCCGUCUCUCAACUCGAGGCUGAAAUCGUCUCAAUUCGAGAGAUGUGCGACUCGCGCUAUCAGCUCGACUCUGCCCAAAAUCCUCUCCCGGUGCACCACCAAGCCAAUCUCAACAUCCUUUACAGCCAGAUCAACCAGCUCUUCCUUCUCCUUCUUCGCCCCAGUCUAUGCCGCUUCCUCCAAGGCGAAACAACGCCCGAGACCUACGCUGCAAGAGCCAAGUGCAUGGCAUCUGCAAAGGCUUCUCUCUCAAUCUUCCAAGCCCUAUUGGAAUCCUCCCAAUUCGCACCAUAUAAAUGGUAUACCAGUGGACUGGGCAGCUUCCACGCAUUCCACGCAGCCGUUGUUCUCGCCAUUGGGCUCAUGCAUCCUGAGAACCAAGCCGAGUUCGACGAAACCAAGGACAUGUUGAAUAAAGCUCUAGACUUAUUUGCCUCGCUCUCGGUGCGGAGUAUAUUCUGCAGCAAGGCCGUUCCCAUCAUUCGACAGAUCAUAGAUGUCGCUUCAACCUAUUAUCACACUCAACCCAACCCCCAACUCCAACACUCCCAGAUUGAGACUCAGACUCCUAUGCUCACCAACUUCCGCCCGAAUCUUUCUUCGGUCUCCAUGCACGAAAGCUAUGUCCUCUCGCACCAGCAAUCUCAUUCUCCAGUCCCGACUAUCGCAUCGUCAUCGAGUGAUCCAACUAUGCAGAGUAGUUUCGGGGUAUCGCUGCAACCGCAGAAUUGGAUCGGGCCCACCUCUGUUCCAUGGGAUACCCUAGGUUCCUCGAUGGGGCAGUUUGGGUUUGAUUAA